AUGAGCUCCGACCCGGUCACAAAACGCCGGACUAGUAGUAGUAACUCACCUGCCGACGCGCUGGCCGCCGACGCGCUGGUCUCUGGAACGGCAGCAUUAUCUCUUAAAAUUUCCAGCAGUAAUAGCUCUACCUCCAAUUCAAAUUCAAAUUCAAAUUCAAAUUCCAGUUCCGGUUCCAGUUCCGGUUCCGGUUCCGGUUCCGGUUCUAAUUCUAGUGGCUCUUAUUCUAAACGACGGUCUUCUCAUUCUCAUUCUCAUUCUCAUUCUCAUUCUCACCAUCACCAUCGCCAACAUCAACAACAUCAACCACCACAACAACCUACACUACCUCCAACACUAACUUCAACACUUUCAACACUUCCAACACCACCAUCGCCUGUAGAAGUCGCGUCACUGUUGUCCAACAUCUCACCUGAAGUCCACGCACGUAUUGAGGCAUUCCAGAAAUCGCGACCUUCCAGUUCAGGCACUGGUAGUAUUUCUUCAUCCUCAUCUUCAUCUUCAUCUUCAUCUUCAUCCUCAGCUACGUCAUUGGGAUCUUCUUCUAGAACCGUUCCACGAGCUUACAAAACAGCAAUACCCGACUAUAGCAAGUUCCGCCAACAGCAACAACUACAGCAACAACAACAGCUACAGCUACAGCUACAGCAACAGUUACAGCAACAACAACAGCUGGCACCGACGGCUCAUUCUGUUUCUGUACCACUCACUUCUCAACCCCCACUCUCUUCAAUUUCUAUACAACCCCCACUGUUGCCACCACAACAACUACUACAACAACAAUCUACUCCACAAACAAAUGGAUCUUCCAAACCUAAACCGCAAUCAUUGUCGGCGCGCCGCGGGCUGGCGACCAACGGCAUGUCACUAAGCGGACUUUCUCUCGGGUCUUUGCCUCCUCCAUCUUCAAGUGCUCCGGCUACUUUAAACCCUUCACAGUCGUCGUCAUUAUCAUUAUCAUCAUCAUCAUCAUCAUCAUCAUCUUCUUCUUCUUCUUCUUCUAAGAAACCCAAUCUGCGAUUAGACAAACCAGGAUCCUCGCUCAAACUGACGCUCGAUAAACCUGAAAACUUGUUUUCAAACCAUCGCAAAUAUAUCGACAUCAAAACAGGAUCACUCAAUUUUGCAGGGAAAGCUUCCCUACACUCCAAGGGUAUCGAUUUUAGCUCUGGAUCAAAGUUUCGCAUCUCACUAGAAGAAUUGGAACCACUCGGAGAACUGGGCCGCGGCAAUUAUGGAACUGUAACUAAAGUCCUCCACAAACCAACAGGUAUUAUCAUGGCCAUGAAACAAAUCCAUCUUGAACUAGAGGAAGCAAAGUUUCUUCAAAUUAUUAUGGAAUUAGAAGUCCUCCACAAAUGUGUCUCCCCUUAUAUCGUCGACUUUUACGGAGCCUUUUUUGUCGAGGGUGCCGUCUACCUCUGCAUGGAAUACAUGGAUGGCGGGUCCCUUGACAAAAUCUACCAAGGCGGUGUUGAUGAACCUUACCUCGCAGUCAUCACCGAUUCAGUCAUCCGCGGUCUUAAGCAACUCAAGGAAUCCCAUAACAUUAUCCACAGAGAUGUUAAGCCUACAAAUAUUCUUGUCAAUACCCAUGGUAAAGUCAAGCUCUGUGACUUUGGUGUUUCAGGGAAUCUUGUUGCCUCUAUUGCUAAAACAAACAUUGGCUGUCAAUCUUACAUGGCUCCGGAACGUAUCAAGGCUGCAAACCCAGAUGAUGUUCUCACAUAUACUGCUCAAUCUGAUAUUUGGUCUUUAGGACUUUCUGUCCUUGAAGUGGCCAUGGGAUGUUACCCGUACCCCCCAGAAUCUUACACAAACCUUUUUUCCCAGCUUUCUGCAAUCAUUUACGGUGAUACCCCAUCACUCCCAGCAGAUAGGUUUUCCCCAGAAGCCCGAUCCUUUGUUGCAAAUUGUCUCAACAAGUCCCCAAUCCUAAGACCAACUUAUUCAAAGCUUCUUGCUCACCCAUGGCUCAAAAGGUAUUCAGAACACAAGGAUGAAGUCGAUCUGGGUAGCUUUGUACGGGCUGCUCUUGAGCGUAACAAAAAUUCAUCAUCUUCAUCAUCCUCAUCAUCUUCAUCAUCAUCAUCUUCUUCGUCUUCCUUUUCAUCCUCUUCUUGUGCUGAAAGAAAAUCCUCGAAUCCCAUCCCACCUCUACACAAUGGCCGCCCAGAUUUGGCUUAA